CCCGGAGGCAUCUGUCCCUGCCCCAGAGGUGCCCGUCUCCCAUCCUCACGCGCACCGUCUCCCUCCCGGGGCUGCAGGGAAGGAGUCGGGAUGGAGGUCGUUCGCAUGGAUGCAGACCCCUCGCAGACAUACCGUCCAGAGGCAGGGGCGGCGCCGGGCAAGCUGAAGGCAGACUUCAGGAACUACAUGGAGGGCAUGCUCCUGGACCGCGUGUACAACACUUACCUGCUCAUGCACACGCACCAGACUGUUGACUUCGUCCGCAGGAAGCACGCGGAGUACAGGGCCUGCUCCCAUCGCCGCCUGAGCAUCAUGGAGGCCCUGGACCUGCUGGACGACUUGGUGGACGAGUCGGACCCGGAUGUGGACUUCCCCAACUCCUACCAUGCCUACCAGACGGCUGAGGGCAUCCGCAAGGCACACCCUGACAAAGACUGGUUUCAUCUCGUGGGGCUGCUGCACGACCUGGGGAAAAUCCUUGCUCUCUCUGGGGAGCCGCAGUGGGCUGUGGUGGGUGACACCUUCCCUGUGGGCUGCAAGGCCCAGAAGUCGGUCAUCUUCAGCGACUCCACCUUCCACGACAACCCCGACACCCGCAACCCCCUGUACAAUCGGGAAGGGGGCCUGGCACUGACCCAUUGCUCUCUGCCCGCAGAGUACAUGUACCAGGUCAUGAGGUUCAACAACUUUGCCCUCCCCCCGGAGGCCUUCUACAUGAUCCGCUUCCACUCCUUCUACCCCUGGCACACCUGCGGCGCCUACAUGCACCUGUGCAGCCCCGAGGACCGGCGCAUGCUGCCCUGGGUGCAGGAGUUCAACAAGUUCGACCUGUACACCAAGAGUGAGGACCUGCCUGACGUAAAGCAGCUGAGAUCCUACUACCAGUCCCUCGUGGACAAGUACUGCCCUGGGCAGCUGUACUGGUGAUGGGGGCAGGCCCCCACACCCGGCCUGGCCUGUAGCAUCCAGGGCUGG